AUGUCCCAACAACAGUAUCGCCAUCAACUGCUAUGGGAAUCAAUGCAGAGUCGUUUUGCACAGGCUAUACUGCACUUCGACCCCUUGAUGUACCAUGACGAUCUCAUCAAAGCUUUUGAAAGCGAGCUUGACGUGCUUAAGGCUGUCAUUGGUCGUACGCGGCUGCUGACUGGGGAAAUGCCACCUGAAUCGAAGUUCAUGAAGGCUAUUGUCCGUGUGUUCUCUUUGGGUGCAACUGGUGACUGGAACUUGCUUCGCCCGGCUGCUCUCGAGUAUGGUGUCAUUCACGGUGGAGUGGCUCCGCGCGAUGUUACCGGUCUUCCUCAGUGGUGGCUGCGAUACCCGAGCACAUGCCUUGGAUCGCACGACGAGGAUGGAGAACCCUACAUCCCUGAAAGCCUGAAUGACCAUCUCAGUGUUCCUGCCUGGGAUCUGGUAGAGCACAUCAUCCUGCGCGGUGGCGGAGAUAUCGGGAUGCAGGUCAAGUCUAAGCCCGAAGGUGAAAUUGCUGAACUUCAUGUUGCGAUCUGGCGUCUCCAGCGGGCCAUGCAACCUAUGCAAGCUGCAGCUGCACAAGACUGGACGGACCUCGCUGAGCUCUUCAAUAUGGAAACUGCUACGCAUCUCGCACGGGCUGUGGAAAUUCAUCCGCUUCACCUUCAAGGGAAAGCAGCCAUGGCUGAAGCGAAGGCCGGAUCGGCUCAUGGAGGGAAAGCCAACUCUUCCGCCAGCCGCGGGGAUGCCGCGGGGAAUCGAGGGUCCUCCGCGCGCGGCCCCUCCGCAAAAGGACACUCCGCAACGCAGACCUCCGCGCCUGGACCCUCCGCGCCCGGACCAUCCACGGCCGGCCCCUCCGCGGCCGGCCCCUCCGCGGCUGGAACCUCCGCCGCAAACCCCGUGGAGAUAGACCUUGACCUGGACGACUCCGCCGGUUCCGACGCGGACGUGCAGGCCGUUCCUCCGCCUGGGCCGCGCCGGGGGCGCGCGAACUCUGGUCGCAGUGUCUUCUCAGUUGAUUUCAGUUCGAAUGAAGAAUGA